AUGGACAGAGCCAGCGACCUCACGGAUGCAUUUGUGGAGGUAAAAUUUGGAAACACUACAUUCAAGACUGAUGUUUUUCCCAAGUCCCUCAACCCCCAGUGGAACUCGGAAUGGUUCAAAUUUGAGGUGGACGAUGAGGACCUGCAGGACGAGCCUUUGCAGAUAACCGUCCUGGACCACGACACCUACAGUGCAAAUGAUGCCAUUGGGAAAGUUUACAUCGACAUCGAUCCACUGCUAGCAACAGAGGCUGCUUCCAUCAUAUCUGGCUGGUUUCCUAUAUAUGAUACAAUUCAUGGCAUAAGAGGAGAGAUUAAUGUCCUUGUCAAAGUGGAGCUAUUUAACGAUUUGAACCGCUUCAGGCAAUCAUCCUGUGGCGUCAAGUUCUUUUGCACUACAUCUAUCCCUCGCUGCUAUCGAGCUGUAAUGGUGCAUGGCUUUGUGGAGGAGCUAGUAGUGAACGAGGAUCCAGAAUACCAGUGGAUUGACCGCAUCAGGACCCCAAGGGCCUCAAAUGAAGCACGCCAAAGACUCAUCUCUCUUAUGUCUGGAGAGCUGCAGAGGAAAAUAGGUCUCAAAGUCCUGGAGAUGGGUGGAAAUGCCGUGGUGGGUUACCUGCAAUGUUUCGACCUGGAGGGAGAGUCUGGGCUAGUGGUGCGGGCCAUUGGCACGGCUUGCACCCUGGAUAAGUUGAGCUCCAACACGCACAGCAACACGGCCCCCGCCUCCAACGCCUGCAACUCCCCUUCCAAAGAGGCCAAGGAGCCAGUGUUUGGGGAGGAGCUGCCCACGUCUUCCGGGCCGCCCACCCCUUUCCGAGCUCUCCCCACAUCCUCCUCCUCUCCCCCCCCCUUCUCUCCCUCCAAGCCAUGCAGUCGUCAGUCCUCCUCAUCCGACACAGACCUCAGUUUGACGCCCAAGACUGAGGACCACCAACCAAUAAGACGCAGGCCCGGAAUCUUCUUCUGCCCUAGCUCCCCCGUCCUGCCUACAGAUACCCUCCUUUCUCUCCCUGGUCCUGGCUUGGUGUGCUCUGCUCACACCAGCUCGCCCCUCCCUACCACCACCCACUCAGACUCCGCCCUGCUAAGAAAGAGUGUGUCCUUCAAUGAGGACCUGCUUCUCAUGGCGGCCUCUGGUAUGGGAAGUGGUGGCAGUGCAGGAAAAGAGGCUGGACCUUUGAAGACGCUGCUGAGGCAACAAACACAAACGGCUCUUGAACAGAGAGAGUUUCCCUUCUUCACCCUGACAACUUUCCCUCCUGGUUUCUUGGUUCAUGUUGGAGGAGUGGUCAGUGCCCGCUCUGUGAAGCUGCUGGACCGCAUUCACAACCCCGAUGAGCCAGAGACCCGCGAUGCCUGGUGGGAGGAAAUACGCCAAGAAAUCAAAUCUCACGCCAAAUCUCUUGGUUGCCAUGCUGUCGUGGGAUAUAGUGAGAGUACAAGUAUCUGUGAGGAGGUCUGCAUCUUGUCUGCAUCAGGUACUGCAGCCAUUCUAAAUCCACGCUACAUGCGUGAUGGCUGUCUCGACCUUGGAAGCACAGACCACAGAUUUGAAGAGCAAUCUCCUCCAAGCUGUGGCUUCUGCCACAUUCCGUACGAUGAGCUCAACAUGCCCUUUCCUGCGCAGCUUACGUACUGUUAUCACUGUCGGCGGCAGAAGGUUCCGGAUGUGCUCUUCACCACCAUUGACCUGCCACCUGAAGCUGCAGUCACGGGCAAAGGGUGUCUCAUUCAGGCCAGACUCUGUCGCUUGAAGAAGAAAGCCCAGGGAGAAGUGAACGCCACAGCAAUCUCCAACCUGCUGCCCUUCAUGGAGUACGAGCUUCACACUCAGCUGAUGAACAAACUGAAGCUCCGCUGCAUGAACGCGCUCUUCGGCCUGCACAUUCAGAUCAGUGUGGGAGAGAACAUGCUGCUGGGGCUGGCUUCUGCCACAGGAGUCUAUCUGAGCGCUCUCCCAGCUCCUGGAGGGAUUCAGAUCGCGGGAAAGACCCAGGGCGACCUCAGCAAUGACCAUCACAUCCUGACCAUCCAGAAGAAAAUCAACGAAACCAUUGCACGGAACAAAGAGCUCUACCAAAUCAACCCCCCGAAAAUAUUUGCAUUGGAUCCCGAGGUGUUUGGCGGCAUAAACAUGGAGCUAACAGAGGAGGGUGUAGGCUCUCCUAUUCCUGAGCCCCGGCAUCGGAACAGGCUCUUUCGCUCUCACUCAGAGAGCUCGGAUGAGGUGUCUGAGCUGGAUCUGUCCCAUGGGAAGAAGGACGCUUUUGUUUUGGAGAUUGAUGACACUGAUGCUGUGGAAGACAUCCAUGCUCUUCUCAUUGAUGCAGCACCACCCACAGGCUUCCACAGCUGUAACACUGAGUUCAUGCCUGGGAUCAACAACUGGACGUCCGCUGUACAGAUGUUUACAUCCGUCAGAGUCCUACGCCUGAACAACGUCAAUCUCACCAAUCAAGUCUUGAACAAGAUCUUCACUGAUCUUUGUGAGAAUCUGCUCAAAAGCUUUUAUUUCAAGCUGCGCUCAAUGAUCCCCUGUUGCCUUUGUCGUCUCAACUUCACUGUUGCUGUGCCAGAGGAAGAACUCAUACAAGUAACCGUGACUGCGGUGGCCAUGACCUUUGAUACGGACCAGACCCAGGACAAACCAGUAGAGAAAGGCACAAACAGAGUGAGUGGGGAGACUGAGGAGCAGUUGCAAUUUCCUAUGGAGCUGUGUGCAGAUGCUUCGUCCUCCGCCACACAUACGUCCAAAGUCUCAGGCCCUCUUUCAUUGUUCACACCAACUGCAAAGCUCUGUCAAAAUCACCUUGUGAUGAUGCGGGCUCCAGGUGUCCAGGAGAGCACCAUCUCCUCACGUGCUGCCUCGGUUGAUUACGGUUCCUUUGCAGACAGAUGCAGCACCUGGAUAGAGCUGCUUAGGCUGAAAGCGCACACCAUAAGACGCGGAUCUGUAAAGACAAUCUCCUCUCUGGAGCGCUCCAGCCCUGUGCCAGACGGGCGUUCUCGCUCUCUGCGCUCCACUCGCUCUUUUGGAGGCACUUCUGUCACUGUGGUCAAGAUGACGCCUUUGGCAUUUCUUCCUGGAACCCGGAUCAUUAAAUACCUGGGAAUCAUUAACAUGUUCUUUAUAAGAGAAACCACAUCACUGCGAGAGGAGGGAGGCGUCAGUGGCUUUCUUCACUCAUUUAUUGCAGAGGUGUUUGCCAUGGUGCGAGCACACGUUGCAGCUCUUGGCGGAAAUGCUGUAGUCUCCUAUAGUAUGAAAGAAUGCAUGCUGAUGGAAAAUCCAAAUAAAAACCAGGCCCAGUGUCUCAUCAAUGUGAGUGGAGAUGCUGUGAUCUGUGUUCGGGACACUGAGCAGGAGGUGCCGUGUGUCUCCACAUGCACUGCUCCAGCCUCCAGUGGGGGAACAGAGGAAGCUACAGACCACCUGUGGACCCGGACUGCUCCAGAGACCCUCUCGGGACUGUCGGUGCUGGCUCGGCUCGCCUCAAACAUGGGGGGGAUAGUUUUACCCAGGCGCAUGUUUCUUUGGUGCAUGGCGCUCAUCUAUCUGUCCGCGUUUGUUUCCCUGUACGUGCAAAUACCAGGCCUCUACGGGAACGAGGGCCUGCUGCCUGCCCGCUGGAGGCUGCGCUACAGUGGCAGCUCUCUGUGGGAGCAGAUGAAGAGCUCUCCCACGCUGCUGUGGCUGGGGCCUCACCUGGGCCUGGACACCCACACCUGCAUGGAGCUGCUGUGUCUGCUGGGGGCGGCGCUCAGCCUGGCCGCCACCCUGAGCGAGGCCUUCCGGGACAGCCUGGUGUUCCUCCUCCUCUGGGCACUCUACAUGUCCAUGUACCAGGUUGGCCAGGUUUUCCUCUACUUCCAGUGGGAUAACUUGCUCCUGGAAGCUGGCUUCCUGUGCGUGCUGAUCUCUCCGCUCACGCUGCUCCGAGGCUGGGGCUCAUACUCUGGAGGGCCCCCUCCUCGGGACCACGACACAGUCACCUUCUGGCUGCUGCGCUGGCUGCUCUUCAGGCUCAUGUUUGCCUCUGGAGUGGUCAAGCUCACGUCCCGCUGUCCUACAUGGUGGGGGCUGACCGCACUGACGUACCAUUAUGAGACCCAGUGCAUCCCCACGCCUGCAGCCUGGUUCGCCCAUCAGCUGCCUGUGUGGUGGCAGAAGCUGAGCGUGGUGGGCACCCUCUUCAUCGAGAUCGCUGUUCCUCUGCUCUUCUUCAGCCCGCUGCGCAGACUCCGUAUCGCUGCCUUCUAUUUACAAAUUCUGCUGCAAGCGCUCAUCAUUAUUUCUGGGAAUUACAACUUCUUCAACUGGCUGACAGUAGCUCUGUGCCUGUCUCUGUUGGAUGAUGAGCAUGUGUACUUCUGGAUGCGGAAGCCGUACCGGAGCCUCCACAGCGAGUCCAGGCUUUGGGCGUGGCUAACCUACAUCGUGGAGCUGGCGGUGUGGGCACUCCUGCUGUUUGGGGCCUUUAUCUGUUUUGACCUGCAGAUUGACACACAGAAGAAAAGCAUCAGCUCCAGGACUGCCUUCACAUUCCACCAGUUUAACCUGUUUCUGAAGGAGGUGACCUUCCCCAGUGUGUGGGUGGGGGUCCUGUCUCUCACCUGGGAGAUGAUCUCAGCCAUGUUCAGGUGUGCGUGUGUGAGGGGGUUCCUCCGUAGGCUCUGGGGGUCUCUGCAGUGGGGGCUGUGUGGAGCAGCAGCUGUGACUAUGUUCAGCAUCAGUCUGGUGCCCUUCACAUAUAUUGAAUAUGACUCUCAUGCAAACCUGUGGCCUGUGGUGACCCAGGCCCAUGGGCUGGUGGACCGCUACCAGCUAGUCAACUCCUACGGCCUCUUCAGACGCAUGACUGGGGUGGGGGGCCGACCUGAGGUGGUCAUCGAGGGCAGUCAUGACGCAGUCACAUGGGUGGAGAUAGAGUUUAUGUACAAACCGGGGAACAUGAGUGCGCCCCCACCCCUGGUGACCCCCCACCAGCCCCGCCUAGACUGGCAGAUGUGGUUCGCUGCCCUGGGACCUCAACAGCAGUCCCCUUGGUUCAGCAGCCUCAUGCACCGCCUGCUGCAGGGCAAACAGGACGUGAUAGAGUUGAUCCAGUCUGACAUCAGUCAGUACCCGUUCCACCUGCAGCCCCCUGCCUACCUGCGUGCACGUCGCUACAAGUACUGGUUUACGGAGCCCAAGGCCGAUGGGUCACUCCCAGAGCGCUGGUGGAGGCGGGUCUAUGACCAAGAGUUUUAUCCCACAGUGCACCUGGGCAACGCUUUCCUGGAGGGCAUGCUCAACCAACAUGGACUCAAGGACUCCUCUCCUUCGCGUCGCGCCUCCAAAGCCAGACUCGCCCGCGCCCUGAGGUGGGUGCGCUCCCAGGUGCGAGGAGUAGCCGCCCCUUCCUUAGUGUGGACUCUGUUGGGAUGCAGCUCCCUCUUCUGCCUGCUCAGAGCACUCCAGAGUACCCGCCACAAAGCCACCGCUGACAAACGGGAGGAGAAGGAUGAGAAGAAUGAGAAGGAUGAGGAGGAUGAGGGGAGCAUUAGAAGCAUAGAGCAGAGAGACACUCCAGACCAGUCUCAGGAGGAGGAGGAGGAGGAGGCAGAUGAUGACGAGAAGGUGGUGGAGGAGGAUGAGGAGGACAUGGGUGAUGAGAAAAUAGCCAGAUAA